AUGAGAAGGGGAAGAACUCGAAAGGGAUUAGAGAAAGGAAACAAAGGCAGAAGAAGGUUGAACCUAAAAAAUAUGGAACUGGCUAGACCAUUGUUUCCUGCCAUUAAAACAUGCAGCUUACAAAGAAGCUUACCGCUACUUACCAAGACAUUAAUCACCAGAGGAUUACUAAUAGGGAAUGCUAAUAGACUAUUAGUGGUUACAAAAAAUAACAUCUGUACUAGUUCAUUACUUUAUCGUCGUUUCCAUACUAACAGCAAAACAUCUAGCAUUCAUAUGGAUUCCUGGAGGAAUGAUAGAGAACGAGUAGAAACAACGAAGAAAAUAACAGCAUCUAUGCUUGCACAUGAGGAACAAAUAGCAAACAAGAAAAUCCAUGACUCACAAACUCAACACGAUUUUUAUAAAUUGCUCUUGAAAUCAAACUAUCCACAGUACGUAGUAGCAAGAUUUGAAACUCCCGGUAUCGCCACUUCACCUGAAUGCACAGAAUUAUACAUGGAAGCAUUACAACGUAUCGGCAGACAUCCUGAAGCAGACUACGUCAGAUUAAAGUUAUUAAACUCUAGUUCUGUCGGAUUAGUGAACCCUACUCUUACAGAAAAUACAUCGCCAAAUAAUACGACCAGUACUAACAACAGCAUGGCUGUUUCUAAUAUGGCGGCUUCAUCUUUGCUUUACGGGAAUAACCAUGGUACUAAACAAACUCCAUUACAUGUAAUCAUAUCAGAAUCGAAGUUCACUAUCAUUUCCAGGUGGAUCAAAUGGAUAGCAAUCUUGGGAAUCGUAUCGUAUGGUCUCACUGGUGUCUUAAAUUACGUGGUUGAUAAUUCUUCAUUAAUUAAUAAUACCGAUGCUUCAAAAAUUAUAGACUCCACUGAUGUGGAAAACAACGUUACAUUCAAUGAUGUGAAAGGUUGUGAUGAGGCAAGAUUUGAAUUAGAAGAGAUUGUUGAUUUCUUAAAGAAUCCUGAUAAGUAUAAACAUUUAGGUGGUGUUAUGACUAAAGGUGUCUUAUUGACUGGGCCGCCAGGAACUGGGAAAACUUUGUUAGCUAAGGCUACUGCUAGCGAAAGUAAUGUUAAGUUUUUCACUAUGUCUGGUUCUGAAUUUGAUGAAGUUUAUGUUGGUGUAGGUGCGAAGAGAAUUCGUGAAUUAUUUAAUCAAGCUCGUCAGAACUCUCCUGCCAUUAUUUUCAUUGAUGAAAUUGAUGCCAUUGGUGGGAAACGUAGUGGUAAAGAUGAUCAAGGUUUUGCAAGACAAACUUUAAAUCAAUUAUUGGUUGAAUUGGACGGAUUCAAAAAAGAUGAAGGUAUUAUUAUUAUUGGAGCUACCAAUUUUCCUGAAUCGCUAGAUAAAGCUUUAUUAAGACCUGGUAGAUUUGAUAAGAUUGUUAAUAUUGAUUUACCCGAUGUUCGUGGACGUACAGAAAUAUUAAAGCAUCAUAUGGGGAAAAUAACGUUGGGUGAUGAUGUUGAUUGUACUUUAAUUGCAAGAGGAACACCUGGAUUAUCAGGAGCAGAAUUAUUCAAUCUUGUCAAUCAAGCUGCUGUGUAUGCUUGUCAACAAAACGCAUCGGAGGUAAAUAUGUUACAUUUAGAAUGGGCUAAAGAUAAGAUAUUGAUGGGUGCUGAGCGUAAAUCAAUGGUAAUGACAGAAGCUACGAAAAAAGCUACUGCAUUCCAUGAAGCUGGCCAUGCAAUAAUGGCGAAAUAUACCGCUGCCGCUUCGCCAUUGUAUAAGGCAACAAUUUUACCCAGAGGGAAUGCCUUAGGGAUCACAUUCCAAUUACCCGAGAUGGAUAAAGUUGAUAUAACAAGGAAGGAAUGUCUUGCGAGGCUUGAUGUUUGUAUGGGAGGUAAAAUUGCCGAAGAAUUAAUUUUUGGUGAAGAUAAUGUGACGAGUGGUUGCGGUUCAGAUUUACGUACUGCUACAAAUAUGGCAAGAGCCAUGAUAACAGAAUAUGGUAUGAAUGAUGAAGUUGGACCAAUAAACCUUGCAGAAAAUUGGAAUACAUGGUCGAAUGAUAUUCAAGAAAGGGCUGAUAAUGAAGUUAUCAAAGUAUUGAAAGAGGCAGAAACUAGAUGUAGGCAAUUACUAAAAAGAAAGAAUGUUGAAUUACAUCGUUUGGCACAAGGCUUAGUUGAAUAUGAAACAUUAGAUGCCAAGGAAAUGGAUAGAAUUUGUCUUGGUAAGCAAAUAGACAGAGAUGGAUCAAAGAACGCAACGGAUGAGCCAGCUGAAAAUGAUAUCCAUAAUCCAGAUCUUGACAGCCAUAAUAAUUCCACUAUUUCUCCUGUACUUUCGAUGUUUAAUACAUUAUUCGGAACAUGA